UCUUCUGCCAACGCCAUGCCCUUCAUUAAAUUCACUUCGCCAUCUUCAAACAUUUCAAAAAGUUUCGAAGAAACCCAAAGAGAUCGCUGAAAGCAAGAACAGCUUCGCAGGAAGAUGGUGAAACCUCUCUGAGAAAGAGACAAAGCAGAGGCCCAACCAGCACGCAAAUCAAUCUUUGAAUCUCUCUCCCUCUCUGAAGAUGAAGAGCAACGCCAACACGAAGCUCAUCGUCUUCCACCCUUCGCUCCACAAGCAAGCAAGCGCCGCCCCAGCCUCUCACCGCCUGUGGCUCCUCUUCUUCAUCACCUUCUUCACCUUGGCCUUCACUCUCGCCCUCUUCAACUCCGCCAUCCCCUCCUCCCCCUCCGCCUCAGCCGCAUCCUUCUCCUCCUCCGCCUCCGCGGCCCUCCCUGCUGCCGUCGCCGACGCCCUCCUCCACUACGCCGCCGCCACCAACGCCACCCACAUGACCCAGGCCGAGAUCGCCUCCAUCACCGCCGUCGUCCGCCGCUCCCCCUCCGCGAACUUCCUCGUCUUCGGCCUCACCCACGAGACCCUUCUCUUCAAGGCCCUCAACUUCAACGGCCGCACGGUGUUCCUCGACGAGAGCGAGUUCCUGAUCUCGCGGCUCGAGCAGCAGCACCCGGGGAUCGAAGCAUACGACGUCCAGUUCACGACCCGGGUCAGCCAAAUGCCGGGCUUGAUCAAAUCGGCGAGGGACCUGAUCAAGACCGAGUGCAGGCCGGUGCAGAACCUGCUUUUCUCCGAGUGCAAGUUGGCCCUGAACGAUCUGCCGAACUACAUAUACGAGGUGGACUGGGACGUGAUCUUGAUUGACGGGCCGCGCGGGUACUUCCCGGCGGCCCCGGGAAGGAUGUCGGCAAUAUUCACGGCGGGUGUUCUGGGGAGGAGCAAGAAGGGCGGCGGCGGUCGCGGGAAGACGCAUGUCUUUGUGCAUGAUAUCGACAGGGAGGUGGAGAGGAUUUGCAGCGAGGAGUUUCUGUGCGAAGAGAACUUGGUGGAGACGGUGGACUCGUUGGGGCACUUCGUGGUGCAGAAGAUGGAGAGGGACAGUUUUGAGUUCUGCCGGAACGCGACGAAGCCUUCGCCGACGGCGACGUCAUUGCUCUCGUCGGAUGGCGACGUGGAAGAUGAUUGAUAUGAAUUCCUGGGUUCUCGCUGAAUGAGGCAUUUGCGUCUGCAUUUCUCUUGGGAAAUUGUAACUAGUAUAAAAUAUAGAAACCUUGAAUUACUGCCCAGUCAAAAGCUGUCUGAACGCGACGUCUGUUUCUUUCUUCCA